AUGAAUGAAACAUCAUUUCCAACGACAACUGUUAAUCGACAAGUAGGCGCUGCAAGUAAUGAAUUAUUCAACACAUCAAAUAUACAACGAAGAGGGUAAGUCCUUAUAUCCUAUAUUAAAUUUCUUAAAAACUUCUCUGUCUCAUUAUGAAAAUUUCAAACGACUUUGUUUACUUGUGUUCUUAAAAUCAUAUCUUUAAUCUUUUAUUCAGAGAAGAACUUUAUCAAAGAUAUUUAUAUACCACUUUUGAAAAGUUUCCCUUGAGCUCUCCAGUUCAAAAUAUAAGUCUACCAAAUUUUACCUCAAGAUUACUAGCAAAAAAUGGAGGAAUUUGCAUUUUCCCAAUUCCGCUACUUUCCCAAAUGCUAGAAAGCUCGUAUUGGUUUUAAAACACGCCAAAAACCUUGUCCUACAACUUGGCACAGCCCGAGUUUUUAUUUUUUUUCUUUAUUGAAGCUUAUCUUAU